AUGACGCCAACAUCACUGAUCUCAUCUCUACCGCGAAUCUCUUUGCCCUUUCCGUUUUCCCUCGCCAUCGUUGCCCAUCGGACAGGAAUUCCUGACACGGUGAUUGCUCUGCUCACUGCCGGUGCAGAGCGGGAAAAGCUUGUUGUCGUUAUUGCUUCGCUUGCGCAGGGUCGACCCUCGCUGGCAGUAGGAAAUAUCAUCGGGUCAGCCAUCUCGAAUAUCCUUGGGGCCUUUUCACUGGGACUCUUAUUCCGUCCCACGGGCUCGCACGUUGAAUUUGAUAGGGUGCUUGACUCCUUAGCCAUCUGCCUGUUGGGAUAUGUUCUCUCUCACGCCGCCAUCAACAUAACAGACGCUAUUGGUAUAUCUUACAUUGUGUUCGGUGUUGUCGUUCUUGCUAUCGCUACCACACGGCCGGAGAAAUUUAUUGCUGUCCUGAGCGGGAACCGGGGCCAUGUAGGAAUUCUUGUGGCUAAUACUGUGGGGAGUAAUGUCUUCCUCCUGUCGCUUUUCCUGGGUAUUGUUAUGGUUGAUACCUCGGGGAAUUUUGAUGGGGGCAACAUCGACGUCCCUGAGCUAUUUGUCCUCUGGGGCUCCACGCUAGCAAUCACAAUAACCGUGUGGUAUGGCGAUAAGUUUGAUCCUUCGAUCGGAGGAGUUAUGUUAUCUGCUUAUAUUGUACUUAUAGUCUCGGAGUUUACAGUCAUCCGUCAUAAUGCAGAUUCGCUACCAUUGUGUUAA